AUGUUAAACAAAAAUCGCGAGGAAAGACACGAACAUCUAUAUCGCGAUUACUUUGCGGAUAAUUAUGUAUACGGGGCGAAUGACUUCAAAAAAAGAUUUUGUUUGAGUAGGGAUGUGUUCUUACGAAUUGUCAACGCCUUGGAAAGCCGGUACGAAUUUUUUCAAUUAAGAUAUGAUGCUAGAGGUAGACAUGGGUUUACAACGUUGCAGAAAUGUGUUGCGGCCAUUCGUUUGAUGGCUAUGGGGGAGUCACCUGACACCAUGGACGACUAUAUGAGAAUGUCCGAAAGAACCGCAAGAGAGAGUUUGUAUACAUUGUCAAGGGGUGUUGUUGAAACUUUUGGAGACGUGUAUUUGCGGAAACCUUCGUUGCAUGAUUUGCAAGAAUUGUAUGCGGCGCAUGAAGAACGUCAUGGGUUUCCCGGAAUGAUUGGAAGCAUUAAUUGCACACACUGGAAAUGGAAAAAAUUGUCCGGUAGCAUGGAAAGGGCAAUACGCAAGUGGAUUGCGGGUUCCAACAACGACGUCAACGUUCUUGAUCAGUCGCCAAUAUUCGACGAUCUUUUGAAUGGAAAAGCCCCGGAUGCUCCUUUCACGGUGAAUGGAAACGAAUACAAAUAUGAGUAUUACCUUAUAGAUGGAAUAUAUCCUCAGUAUUCCACAUUCGUGAAGGCAUUCCGCCACCCGGUUGAAGAACGAGACAAAUUUUUUAAGAGAAGACAAGAAGGAGCACGUAAGGAUGUGGAACGUGCUUUUGGAGUGCUGAAGGCGAAGUGA